CCGCUACCAGUGUUAACACCGCUAUUAUUACUUACCUCUUUUACAUGCGUCAGGUCUUUGUACUUCCCCUGCGCGGCUGCAUCCAUCUGCAUACUUUCCCUUCCACAACACCUGAUCAUCUAAUUUGCUGACCUCGAAACCAGUUGGGCAGUUUUAGUUGUUUUUUUUUUCUCGAGUCUACGUACCAUAACUCCAUUUAUCGGUUUAUCGCACAACAGUGCAGGGUCGUACAACUGACACCUUUUCGUUACUCCUGAACAAGAAAAAAAAAAGACUACGGGGUUGUCUCUUGUCAGAUCUUAAUUCGAUUCCCAACUUAGAUCUUUUCGGGGUCCGUGUGAGGGGCAGAGACCUACGCGACACAUAGGCGCCGCAGUUUUGCUCGAAACAUAUCCAACACUCGGGCAUCUGCCGGUGGACAUGUAAAUUGUCCGCUCAUCUGCGAUCCACGCCGGCUCAAAAUCGCCUAAAUCGGACCUAUAUUACGUGGUAGUUUCCGCUUCACGAAUCCAAAUAUCUCCCAAGCACCUACGGGUUUAUACAUCAUGACCGACGCAUUCGCCCCGCGCUCUAUGAAGCGCAAGAAUGUCAAAGGCCUAGCCUUGACUCCUGCCGCCCCGAAACAACCUGCAGCGUCAAGUAACGACCGUCAGGCCGGCUGGGGCUAUGGUGGGUCAAGAGCCGAGGAGGUAGGCCAAGAAGCUCAGCUUGAAAUUGGCAUAGAGUUUAAUCUAGAUCUUCGACAAGAAGAUCUCGAGAUUGUAAAAGAACUCGGUUCAGGAAAUGGAGGCACUGUUAGCAAAGUCAAGCACUUACCUACCGGAACUACGAUGGCUCGGAAGGUAAUUCAUGUCGAGGCAAAGAAAGAACUUAGGAAGCGAAUUGUCCGUGAGCUUCAGAUUAUGCACGGUUGUCACUCCGAUUAUAUCGUGACCUUCUAUGGCGCUUUCCUGAACGAGCAUAACGAUGUCAUUAUGUGUAUGGAGUAUAUGGACGUUGGAUCCCUCGACAGAGUGUCGCGACACUUCGGUCCCAUCCGCGUAGACGUUCUGGGUAAGAUUGCGGAGGCGAUUCUGGGCGGUUUAACUUAUCUAUACUCGAAACUACAUAUCAUGCAUCGAGACAUCAAACCCUCCAACAUUCUCGUAAAUUCCCGGGGUCACAUUAAGCUCUGCGAUUUUGGAGUAUCGGGAGAAUUGGUUAAUUCUAUCGCCGACACAUUCGUGGGUACUUCGACUUAUAUGGCCCCCGAACGAAUCCAAGGCGAGAAGUAUACUGUUAAGUCGGACGUGUGGAGUUUUGGCUUGUCUAUAAUGGAGUUAGCUAUUGGCAAGUUUCCGUUUGCGAACGAGCAACUGUCCGAUGGAGAUGGAGCACCCGCCGGCAUAUUGGAUCUCUUACAACAAAUCGUCCAUGAACCGGCUCCAAAGCUUCCCAAGAGCGACGCGUUCCCUUCCAUACUGGAAGAUAUGAUACAAAAAUGCUUGUCGAAAGUACCCGAUGAGCGGCCGACGCCUCAGGAACUAUGGGACCGAGAUCCAUUUGUUCAAGCGGCGAAACGCACACCCGUAGAUUUGAGAGAAUGGGCUGUCGGACUUAUGGAGAAAGACAACCGGAGAUCUCAUUUACAACCUCAGCUCUCGCCAUCUUCUCGGGACCUGUUGCGAUCCAGCGAGUCUCCUACUUUCCAAAAUGACACCAGUACCGCUUACACUCCUACUUCCGGCGAGAUUCCGAUCGCAGGCGCCAUUGCAUCACCGAGGGAUCACAGUCACGGGCAGAGCCGAUCACCUACAAGAAAUGGUAUAGGAAGUCUUGGACGCUCUUCCGGUUCCGCAGUGCAUCCGGGAUUAGGACAACGAGCCGCGACGUCCGGAUCGAUACCUAAGAUCGCAACUGCUGACCUCUCACAGCCUGCUAGUGCUAAUAUGGGAACGUCAUUCACAUUACCAGUUAGACCUGCACCUCCCGGUGGUCCGUUGCCACCACCUCCGCCAAGGAAAGGAACUCCGGAUGACCAGCGGAGAGAGAGCAGACGGCAAGCAACUUUCGGUCAUCCGUCGAAUGGUGGCUAUGGAAGCGCGGGGUAUUCGUCACGAUAAAGCCCGUGGCACAUCGACCCUACAAGCCGUCUUAUUUCACUAUAUAGACCAUACAUGGUUCAACUUCGGAGCGCCAAGGAACAUGGUUGUCAAGUGUCUGUGGUCGCUUGGCAUAAUCGUGUGUUGUGGACAUUGAUCAUCUCACACAUCCCACACACCAAAUAUUAUAUCCCGGACAUGUCUAGCAGCAUGUCCCAGCGAAAGAGACGAUGUCAGCGAUUUUAGGGAGAGGUAUACGAAAGCGAAAAGAACGAUCUCGGGAGGAGGAAGCCAUAAACGUCAACUGCUCGAUGUAGUUAACAAAUUAGUUUAAGCGAAGCGCGUGGCCGUCAGUACAAAUGCGACAAGAUAUGAAAUGACUGUAUUGACAUUUGAGGCAUAUGUGAAUGACAUGAUAUUUAACAGCAAAUAUGAUGCCAAACUAUUUAUUUCUAUUUUUUAUUUUUACGCCAUCCUUAAUUGAGAGGUUAGUAAUGGG